CUUAUCUUCGUCCUUCCUCCGGCUUGCCGUACUAGGAAAGCGAAAGUCCUCUGGAAAAGAUGUCAUACGUGAAACUGGUGUCGCUGUGCGCCGCGGCUCCGGGGCUGACGGCCCUGCUGUGCGGCCCGGUGCUGGCUGCCUCCGACGGGAAGAAGAAGGGGACACAGCCGCUUAUCAACAUCGAAGAGCUUCCAUCUCUCUACAGCAGUCCUGAAGCAGAGAGUCAGUAUGUGGAGCCUGAGACGAGGCUGCUGGAGGAGAGUGUUGCAUCCCUGAGGAAAUGGGCUGAACCAUACACAAACCAGUGUCAGCAAACCAGUCAGGCUGCAAUGGAGAAAAUUGAAGGGGUCUACAGGACGGUGGAGCCGAGCAUCAGCACUUCGAUUGCAACUGUCACAGGUGUAUACCAGUUCCUCAGUGACCCCCCUCCUGAUCUCUACCCCAGUGUGGCUGUGGUGAGCUUCUCUGGCUUCCUGGGGCUCUACUUAGCCAGAGGCUCUAGAGUGAAGCGGCUGCUGUUUCCUGUUGGGCUGAUGGCUCUGAGUGCCUCCAUGUUUUACCCUCAACAAGCAGCGUCUUUAUUAAAGGGGACUCGGGACUCCGUGUACACUUGGACUCAGCAGGGCCUCGCUUCAGUGGAGACUCUCUGGAAAGAACCACCAUUUGGGAAAAAGAAGUCUGAGAAGAAAGAGCAAACAGAGAACAGUGACUCUGCCAGUUGAGAUGGCCUCUCACCUUUCAUCUCCCAUGACCUCACCUGAACUACUGCUAUGGGUUAACACGUUUUAUGACACAUGCACAUAAACAAAAACUUUGAUUCAAAUCAAACUCUUACAAAGCUCAGGAGUGCAGUUGAGUUCAGUGUAUCCUUAGAUGCUCCUAUUUGCUCCUGCCAAGUUAGUCCUUGAACGCCCCCUUCUAUUUGCUGUUAUCCAUUAUCCAGAAGGCUUCAUCAUCAUCAUCUUCCUCCUUUGUAAUCAUAGUGACCUUAAGUCCUCCGGUUUCUGUUUGUUCCAAUGUUUCUUUCUUUAGUUUGAUAACACUGCAGCCUCACAUAAAAAUGCAAAUAAGGACAGACAGAAAUGAAAGACAAAUACUGGACCACUGAUUUAGGGACUCAUUAUUUUUCUGUUUUUCUGAGGUACUGCGUUAUUGUCAAAAAUCCUACAAACAGUAUUAUCUAUCUGUAACCUGAUUCAUGUUAUUCAUCUGUGCUGUAGAGCUCUACUGUUGUCUGAAAAUUGUUAAAAAAUACAUCACCAGGCCUUGUCCUUGCACUGGGUGAGAUGUUGCUUCUUUGGGAGACAGCAGUUUUUCCAAAACAGAUCUAAAGCCUGUCUCUUUUUACAGGGAUGAGUUUUGGCCACAGGCCGCAGAGAUGGGGAAAAAAGUUACUGUUGUUGCAAGACAUGAGGUAUUUUAUUACAGGGUUCUCAGCAGGUUCUUUCAGUCUGGAAUCCAGUAGUUUUACUUCAGAGCGUUAAAGGCACAGGAGAUAAAAUAAAAUACACUGAAAACACACUCUCUUCUCUCAGACAAAAUCAAAAAACUCUGUAAAAAAGAGAGAUUACACAUUUUAUGCUGUUACAUAGCUUCUGUGUUCAAGCAGUGGAAUCUGAUCAGUGAUUGGUAAUUACAGUUGUCAAUCACGUAUUUAACCCCCGACCUGUGUGAAAACACCUGUGAUUAGCCAAAAUCUCAGUCGUGGGUUAGAUUUUCUAAACCUGAAAACACAGACAAGGUGGUCUGAAGUCUCGUAUCCUCUCCAUUACUUAAAUAUACGGAAAAGGUAAGAAUUUUUGUCCGUUGGUGCUAAAAAAAACUUAAGUACUAUAGUUUUAAUUGAAGUUAAUGGAGUUAUAAAGUCAAAAAGAUUAAGUUCAUCAUUAUUGUCCUCAUAAAGUUGUUCUGUGUGUAUAAAGCCUGUACAUCAUGAUCUGCAAGUGAGGUGCGUUCAGGGACCAACUUGAGUUAAUCCAGCAUAUCGUUCACAGGCACUGACAAGAGAAUUAACCAUGUAUACAUGUUUUGGAUGAACCAGGUUACAGUGCCAAACACUGAGCGACUGUGCCGCUUCACUCCAUGCUGGAGGGUUUACUCACUUUAUUCUCCCCAUUUGGUCUCUGUAUUCAUCUACACUACCCACCCCAAUACCAACACAGUACUAGCCUUAGCUCAUAGCACACAAUAGGAGCAGUGAGGUGCUCAAGGACCAAGUCCAGGUCUUCAUAAGUAUUCUUAUUAGGGGCACUGACAGGAGAAUUAACCUAUAUAUUAACCUAUAUUUUUAUAUAAAUAUAAUAUAUAUCCUGCAUAUGUCAGACUAAUGUUAUAAUGUAGUUGUAUUAAUAUCAGUGUCAUUUUUAAAUGUGUUUUGGAGAAAAGUCAGUUUUGUCCACACUGUAACUCCAAAUCCAAUAUGGGACCAGUAAGCACUACUAGAUGUGAAAUAGGUCUUAAAGUCUUAAUUUAAACUUGUUGAAGCCUGUGCUUAAUAAAUAGUGUUCCCAUAUAUUUCCUAAAGAUGAUACAUGUCACCCAGUAUGUCGACGAGGCUCAGUAAAGUGUUUUCAACCAUUUUCAGACAACAGUGGUGUGUCUCCAAUUUAUCCUAGUCGUUUCUGCUGCAGAUCUCCACACAGAACUGUUUGUAGGAUAAAGUCGUUGCAGGUGAAAAUCACUCAACUGAAACAUUCCUUCAGGUCAGAUAUUACACAGACCGAUUAUUAUAAGUUUUAACCUUAAAAGUUAAUGAAGGCGCCCUGUUACCAUAGUAACACAACUGGUAAAGGUCACUGAAAUGCUCCUGUACAAGAGUUUAUGUUUCACUGUGGACUCUCCAUAUUUGAUCUGCUGGAGUUUUCACAUCGUGUAGGUUUUAGUAGUAUGAAAGGUGAUGAAGGUGUAAUAUUUCAACAGUACGGUCCAUGUGAUGUUUGCAUUCCAGAUGAUUUACUUAUUAAUGAACUGAAUGAGAAUGUGCUUCUUGUCUUAAGUGUAAAAAUGUCCUGUACAUAUGAAGGUUUAUCUUAAUACACUGUACUUGAAACUGG